UUAAUAAUUUCACAGUUUUCAGAUAUUUUUUCGAAUUUCUUUAAAAGAUGAUUGAUCCAAGUGCUUUCAAAACUUUUCUCGCUGUCGACGAGGAAGUAGCUCGAUUUGCAAAAAAUGUUCCAAAAUCAUUCUCAUCAAGGGCAAUUCACUCUGGACAGGAACCGGAGCAAUGGAAAAGUCAUUCGAUCGUUCCGCCAAUUCACACGAGUGUGCCUUAUUACCUCGAUGACAUGGCAGCUCCAUCGGGAGGAUAUUGGUACAGCAGAACUGGCAAUCCAACACGAGAAUGUCUCGAAAAAUGUCUUGCUGACUUGGAUGAUGCGAAAUUUGCCUUGACUUUUGCCUCAGGACUUGGUGCAAUGUCAACAAUUCUUCAAAUUUUGUCCACCGGAGAUCAUAUUUUGGCUUGUUACGACAUUUAUGGGUCCACGUAUCAACUUUUCACAAAUUCUGCAAAAAACCACGGAAUUGACGCAACUUUCAUCGAUUUUCGUGACAUCCUGACCAUUCGAGCAAAUCUAAGACCUUCCACGAAAGUUGUUUGGAUGGAAUCCGCUACAAAUCCCCUUCUACGAGUAUUUGACAUCAAAGCUAUCAUUGAAGCAGUUCACCAAUUUAACUCCAAUAUCCUCGUUAUUGUCGACAAUACCUUCCUAACCUCGUAUUUCCUUCGUCCCCUCACUUUAGGCGUCGAUAUCGUCUUAUAUUCCCUCAGUAAAUUCAUGUCGGGGCACUCGGAUGUCGUCAUGGGAGCUCUUACAACCAACAACGAAGACCUCUACAAGCGUCUCAAGUUCUUACAAAAUGGCGCCGGAUGUGUUCCAUCACCGUUCGACUGCUAUUUGGUACAACGCAGCCUCAAAACUCUCGAAAUUCGCAUGAAAAGACAUUUCAGAAACGCAAUUUCGGUCGCCAAAUUUUUAGAAAGCCAUAAAAACGUCGAAAAAGUCAUCCAUCCAGCACUGAAAUCGCAUCCGGAACACGAGCUGGCGACGAAACAGGCUUCGGGGCACAGCGGCAUGAUCGCUUUUUACGUGAAAAACGCAAAUCUCGAAGCAACAAUGAACUGUUUGAAGAAGUUGAAGAUGAUAAAAGUCGCCGCGGGGUUGGGAGACAUCGAAUCGACGAUUACAAUUCCGUCGGUUAUGUCAUCGUGGCCUUUGCCGCCCGAAGAUCGACUGAAAUUGGGCAUUACUGAUAAUUUAAUAAGGCUCAGUGUUGGCUUAGAAGACCCUGAAGACCUUUUAAAUGACUUGAAUGAAGCUUUAAAUUUUUAAAAAUUAAUAAAAAAAAUUUUUUUAACUUAUUUUUAUAUUUUAUUUGUUCUGUUAAACAUUUCUUUAAUUAUGUCAUAUUUUUAAUGAGUUUUUUUUAUUUCUCAAACAUUCCAAUACUUUUGUUUUAGCCUUUUUUGUAAAUAUUUCUCUAUAUAGAUUAAUUUUAUUUUUUUUAGGUAGCAUGAAUUCCUUCUUUCCUUGUAAAUAUUCAUUUUUGUUCAAAUUUUAAUAUUUUUUUCAACAUUUUUUUUUAUUUAGGAAUCAAAAACAAAUGCUACAAUGGUGGUUAUUGCAAUUUUUAUCGACUAUCAACUAUUUUUCUAUAAAAUAAAACUUCUACAAAAAAAACUUGAUUGGGAUUAUUU